AAUGCUUCCGUCUUGGCCACCUUGCGAGUGCUCGGGUUGAGGUUCCCGGGCUUCCCUGACUCUGCUACCUGUUCUGGAGGUCGGGCUUUGGGCCCUUGCAGAGGUCGCCGAGGGGCCCGCGCGGCCGCCAGAGCCUGGCCCCAGUCCCCAGUCUUCAGAGACGCACUCGACUUUCCUGCUCCGAAGAGCUGGCCUGAUGUCCUCCGGUCGCGCUCCGCAGGUUCUUACUUUUCCAAGCCUAGAGAGCAGUGCAUGAAGCCAGGGGUCAUCAGCCAUGCUCCAGACAGUGUGGUUCCAGGGCUUGAGCAAGAACCUGUUGUUUCAGGAGCCAGUAACCUUUGAGGAUGUGGCUGUGUACUUCACCCAGAAUGAAUGGGCCAGCCUGCACCUUAAGCAGAGGGCCCUAUACAGGGAGGUGAUGCUGGAGAAUUAUGAAAAUGUGACUUCCUCAGCAUUUCCAUUCCCCAAACCAGAUCUGAUAUUCCAGCUGGAGCAAGGAGAAGCAGCAUAGGGUCCAGAUCCCUGGACACUUGCUGGGGGAGAGGCCCUGAGAGGCAUGUGCACAGGUGGUAAAACCAAGACUAAGAAUGAGGAACAAACUGCACAGCUAAACAUUUCUAAAGAAUCAGAGUCCCACAGACUGAUAGUGGAGGGACUGCUGAUGGACGUUCCCCAGCACCCUGACUUCAAGGACAGGUUAGAGAAGUCACAGCUACAUGAUACAGGGAAGAAAACAAAGAUAGGGGAUUACACAGAUUUGACAGUCCAGGAUCAUGAAUCUUCCACCAUUGAAAGGGAGGAGAUAGCCAGGAAAUUGGAAGAAAGUAGUGUUAGCACACAUCUCAUUACAAAGCAGGGCUUUGCCAAAGAACAGGUGUUUUAUAAAUGUGGUGAGUGUGGCAGUUACUACAACCCACAUUCAGACUUUCACCAGCAUCAGAGAAUUCACACUAAUGAGAAGCCCUACACAUGCAAAGAAUGUGGGAAAACCUUCAGAUAUAACUCAAAACUGUCACGGCAUCAGAAAAUCCACACUGGAGAGAAACCAUACUCAUGUGAGGAAUGUGGACAAGCCUUCGGUCAAAAUUCCCACCUUCUUCAGCAUCAGAAGCUCCAUGGUGGACAGAGGCCCUAUGAAUGUACUGACUGUGGUAAAACCUUCAGCUAUAAUUCAAAACUGAUUCGGCAUCAGAGAAUCCAUACUGGGGAGAAGCCCUUUACGUGUAAGGAAUGUGGGAAAGCCUUCAGGUGUAGCUAUGACUGCAUCAUCCAUGAAUGAAUUCACACUGGGGAGAAGCCCUAUGAAGGUAAGGAGUGUGGGAAGAGUUUGAGUUCUAAUUCAGUUCUGAUUCAGCAUCAGAGAAUCCACACUGGGGAGAAACCUUAUGAAUGUAAAGAGUGUGGCAAGGCCUUCCAUCGCAGUUCGGUAUUUCUUCAGCACCAGAGGUUCCACACUGGGGAACAACUCUACAAAUGUAAUGAAUGUUGGAAAACUUUCAGUUGUAGCUCCCGCUUCGUAGUGCAUCAGAGAAUCCACACCGGGGAGAAACCCUAUGAAUGCCAGGAAUGUGGGAAGACAUUCAGUCAAAAGAUCACUCUGGUUCAGCAUCAGCGAGUUCACACUGGGGAGAAACCUUAUGAGUGUAAGGAGUGCGGGAAAGCCUUCAGAUGGAAUGCAAGUUUCAUUCAGCAUCAGAAGUGGCAUACUAGGAAGAAAUUCAUCAAUGGAACAGGGCUAUCCGCAGUUAAGCCCUACUGUCCCUCCGCCAUCCUCUCUCCUCUGCCUCCCCAACAUACCUGCUCUGCCCCAGCCCCACCAGGGCCUCCCUUAUCUUCUUCACAUGCAGUGGUACUUCCUCCCUCUGUGCCUUUCUUCCUGCUGCUUCCCUCAUCUGAAAAGGAGCCUUCACCUGUCCAAAUAGUACAUUUUUUUCAGGAUCUCGCUUUUCCUGGGAAGUCAUCCCCUCAUAGCACGAAUCCUUUGUCUCACUCCCUGUAAGCCCCAUCACGUUCUCAACAUCCUUUGCACCUCAAAUUAGGGAUUCCAGUGGUCUCCUGAUUGUGUCUAUUGAUAUUCCUCUGGUCUUGUCUUGUAUAAGUUGUUAUUGUUUUCCUAACUUCAUUUUAAAUUCUCACACUUAAGGACCAUGUUUGAUUAGUUUCUUUUAUCCCUCGGGUAGGAAAUGGCAGUACUUAUUCUUUAUCGUGUCCACAUUUGGGCUGUAUUAUCAGUCUGCAUCUCUCUUCUGGGGCUACUGGAAUUGGAAAAGUUUGCAGAACAUUUUGGGGUUUAGGGCAUGUGACAUUAUGAUUAUGAUGAGAUGGGGCAUUAUAAUUAGAGACUAGGAGAAAUGCAAAGCCUGUGGGAGAACAUAAUCAGAUAAAGUGUCCAAUGA